ACCUCUGAACUGUUCCUGCUGCUUGGAUUUGCAUUUUUCACCAAAUGAGCCAAAGCAUAUUGUGAAGCUUACACAGACUCCAUGUGGAUUCAUGUUUGAGGACAGCAGAGGUGGUGAAAGAUAAGCUGCUGCUGUUAAGUACUAUGUUCCUUCAACAGAUUUGAAGCACAGGGCGGCCCUUCAGAGUGUAAUAAAUCAAAUGCUUCGGAUGGGGGGCCUGGAAUGCUCCGUAUGAGCAGGUCACUGGGUGGUUCACUGGACUUAAUUCGCCCUAAUAGGAUUACCUGUCCCAAGCUGGGAUGGCCAGGCAGCACCUCAUCUAUUAACAGCAUGCACAGUGAAUAUUUCACCACUAAUGUUGGGUUUCAUUAGAAUCUGUGAAUGCAUGACGUUUGAUUACCAGUAAUCAGACCCUCUAUGGGGUCUGAGUGAAAUGGGGCUUCUGGAUAAACUCUCAGGCUGGCUCAAUCUGAAGAAGAAAGAAGUCAACGUUUUGUGUUUGGGGCUGGACAACAGCGGGAAAACGACCAUCAUCAACCAGCUCAAGCCAUCGAAUCAUCCAAAUCAUUUAGGGCCGCUGUCAGCAGAGUGGAAACAUGUUUGUCAGACAAAGGCACAAGAUAUAGUCCCAACGAUUGGCUUCAACAUCGAAAAGUUCAGGAGUUCAAGCCUGUCAUUUACAGUCUUYGAUAUGUCUGGUCAAAGCAGAUACAGGAGCCUGUGGGAACAUUACUACAAGGAAAGCCAUGCCAUUAUAUUUGUUAUAGACAGCAGUGACCAACUGAGAAUGGUUGUUGCUAAAGAGGAGCUGGAUACUCUUCUCAACCAUGAAGAUAUCCACAAUAAAAAGAUGCCAGUAUUAUUAUUUGCUAACAAGAUGGACCUGCGGGACGCAGUGUCUUCUGUCAAGGUCUCGCAGAUGUUGCGUUUGGAGAACAUCAAAGACAAACCCUGGCACAUCUGUGCCAGCAACGCCAUCAAAGGAGAAGGUCUGCAGGAAGGGAUGGACUGGCUGCAAGAUCAAAUUCUACAAUCGUAUCAAAACGAWGAAGUGAAGGCAUGACCGCGGACAGUCGGAUGUGAAAACUCUCCAGCAUGUAUUCAUCACUUUUGAUGAUGUAGGCCUUAAGUUUCGAUGUCAAAUAGCCUAGCUCUUAUUUUUGUGCUACUUUUAAAACUUCCAUGUGGAGCAGCUUUAACAAAAUAUGAUUUUAAGCACUCCCAAAAACCCAAAUGUGUAUGUCUAAAUAUGCAUAGCAUAUUCACUUGUUCCUGCACACAGUAACGUUUAAAUAUUUUUGUGGCUGUUUUUUAUUAUUAUUUUAUUUGAUGCACUAAACACUUUUUAAAAA